GUUUCAUUAGUUUGUACUUUGUUUUCGUUUUGACUUGGUUGAGUUUAAGUCAUAUUUUCGGCAUAUUUUUAAGUAUAAGUAUUUAUCAAGAAGAUUAUUAAUUUUAAUUAAAGAAUAUUAAACUUAGUGCCAUGAUAAUUGAUUUCAAAAAGUAACAGGUACAUAGUAUUUAUUACAAUUAUUUUUGCAUUUCAUUAAAAGGCAUUCCUAUUUACUUGUUUUGUGAAGUAUAUUGCUAAUAUUAUCAUGACUACUCUACUGGAUCGUUUGCAAGAACACUUAGUAAAGAAACGACAAGGAUUGAAUGAUGUACAUGAAACUCUAAAGAAAAUUACUGGUCGUGAUACAUUUGAUGAUCAUUUAAACCAUGGUAAAUUUAACAAACGACCACAGGUAGGUGGAGACCAAAAACCACAAUUCAGAGAGUCAUUAAAGAAAGACGUUAAGCGAUUACGAGAUAAUAAUAAACCUUCCUUUAAAAAUGAUAAUCAGAAUCGUAAAGUUUUUGUUAACCCUAAUGAAACGUCUAAAGUUUUCAAAAAUGGAAAUAAUACGGGUAGAAUAUCAGCAAAAGAUCGUUUAGGGACAAUUGUUGCAGAUGAGCAUGAAAAACCUAUAAAGGAAGAAUUUGAAGAUGAUGAUGAUGAUAUGGAUGAUGAUUCUACACCCAAAAAAACUCUUCAAUCGCAAGUCAUGUUGUCUUCUAAAAUUAUGAAAUCUCGUACUGAAGUAUUGGCUGCUCAACAAGGUGAUCAAGUGACUAAAGAACGAAAUCGACGUAUGUUUGGAUCAUUAUUAGGUACUUUACAAAAGUUUAAGAAAGAAGAAACUCAAUUAAAAGAUAAAGAAGAGAAAAAAGCUAAAAUUGAAAGAAGAUUAGAAGAAGAAGCAUUAAAAGAGAAAGAAUCAUUAGUUCUAAGAAAACGAGAAUUAUUUAUGCAAAGAAAACAGCAGCAAAGAGAUAUAAAAAAUAUAGAGAUUAAAAUGGGAUUGGUUAGAAACUUUGAAAUAUUUGAGCGUCAAAUAAAUUGCACAAUGAAUUUUAUUAAAACUGAAUUUGAUCCAUCAGUGUUUUACUUACCUAAAAUACAUAAUGAAAAGACUGAAAAAAAAUUAAGUAAGACACGAUCAUAUUUGAGCAAUAUCUUAGGAAAGAAAAGGAAUAUGGUUGAAAGUCAAAUUGAGAAGUUACUACAACCUGAUGAUGAACAAAUGGAGUUUGAUGACAGAGUGGAAGAUGAAGAAGUAAGAGUAGCUGAUGAUGAAGAAGAAGAUGCUGAUGUAGAUGUUUAUGAAAGGCAUCAAGAUAAUGGAACUUUUAACUAUGAUUAAUAGUAAUUUUUUAUGACAAGUACAAUGAACUCAAUAUUUUGUAUAUUUUAUUGUAAAUAUUGUUUUGCACCUACGGAUAUUCAACAUGAUUUUAAAUAAUUAAUACAAACUUAAGUUGAGCUCAUUUAUUUGUAGACUAAAUCUUUUUUGAAUACAUUUAUUUAUUUUGGUA